AUGAAUCGCCCCUUCACCAAAGCCGGGAACCCCUUCAAGCCCGCCUUCUCUUACCUCUCCAGUUCAAGCUCCGACUCGCGUCCGUCCUCGAAACGUUCUGGGCACCGCUCGCAAGCCUCCACCUCCCCCAAUGACCCCUCCGCCGACCUCGACUCCGACCUCGAGAAUCAGAACCAGGGCAACAUGUCCCGCCACUCCUCCCACAGCUCGAGCCAAUCCUUCUCCGGCCUCGCGCCCGGUCCUAUACCCCUGAUCGAUAUCUCGCGCUCCCCCUCGCCGUACCCGCGGAGUCGUAGCGCAGCGCAGAGCGAGGACGAGGACGACGAUGACUUCGAGCCCGCGAGCUCGAUACGGCCGCUCGUCGCGUCGGACAUUGGCAGCGGGGGCCGGGGAAGUGGUAGAUGGAAAAGCGUGUUCAGGGCCGGAGGGUUGGGGGGCUUUUUCUUUGGGACGUGGAUGGGGUGGCAGGUUUAUGUGGGGUUGUUGGUUUUCUGGGUUGGGGGGUGUGGGUUUGGAUUGUUGUUGAUGAAUCGGUUUAUCAUGUUGACGGGAGUGUAUAAGUUUGUAUAUCCAUUGACGGCGACGUAUCUGCAACUUUCCAUCACGCAUCUCCUCCUCCUUGGUUCUGCGAGCUUAAGCAGAGGCAUUGCGCGGCCGCUUAGAAAGAUUGGGUUGGGUGCUGCUGUCGCGCCUUCUACACCGGCCUCUCCUCCGGGCGGGGGUAGAUUCAGGGACUCGAAUAAGAGCAGGAUACCUUUCAUACAGUUCGGACGGUGGUUGUCCACUGGGACAGGAGGCAUCGCAGGAGGAGGUAUAUUCGAGUUCGAUAGACAGGUUGCGAAACAGGUGCUACCAUUAGCUGUGGUAUAUGUUGCGAAGGUUGUUUUGAGCAACCUCUCAUUUGCCUAUGCCGUCCUUCCAAUGUACCAAAUCGCCCGAAUCGGCGUCGUUCCCCUGUCCCUCAUAAUCUCGGCCUUCCUCCAACGCGAGCAACACUCCAUCUCGACACUCUCCUCCUCUCUCGUCGCCACCCUCAACCUCCUCCUCGCCAGCAUCCGCCCCGGCGUCCGCGUCACCUGGGAAAGCAUCGUCGCCGGCGUCUUCUCCUCUUUUUUUGUGGCACUAUACCCCAUCCUCCUCCUCCGCACCUACCGCGCCCUUGUCGCUGGCCUCGUCCCUCAAGGCGACAUUCUAACCGGCUAUCCCUCCACCACCGCUGACGAAUCCACCAGCAACCGCGAGGAAACCCGCGCCUAUUGGCGCACGCUCCACUAUACCUCUCUCAUUUCCCUUAUCAUUCUGACGCCCCUCGUCCUUCUCUCGGGCGAGGUCGGGAAUAUCCUGCAUAACUGCUACAUUCUUGACGUGCCGUUCUUCUGGCUGCUGGUCGUGUGCGGCGGGAUAGGUAGCUGGGCCGUCUUCGCUUCAACACUCUUACUGGCUAAAGCAACGAGUCCCCUCACCGCCACGUUUGUUGCUGUUCCGCGGUCGGCGUUCCAAUUGGUUGUCCUGAGCCAUUUCCAUAUCCCGAUUCAUUCGUGGGUCGGUGUGGCGCUGUGCUGGGUUAGUAGCGUGUGGUUUUCGGUUGCACGGAGGGAUGAAGGCCGAACGCUGGAUCGGCUGAGGUUGGAGGGGAGGUGA